AUGGAAUUGGGUCUCAAAAAAGUAAAUUUUCCGACGUCUGACGUAACCGAUGGUAAAAUAGCAGACUACUACUUUUGCUACUCGAAAAAGAUGGGACUAUUAACUGAUGAAAACAAAUUCGAUAAAGACAUACUGAAAGAUUUGAGUGACACGUUUAAUCGGGAUUUAUUACCCAAAGAUAUCGGUGACCGAUGUAGUACCCACAAAAAAGUAACUAAAAAAGAAAUUCUACAGCUACUCACGUGCAUAAAAGACGCUUACUUGGAGUUUAGUAAAUAUGUGUUGAGAAAAUCAGUGCUUCUACGAGAAGCUUAA